AUGCGUAAGACUUCAGAUUUUGAAGAUGCGCAUAAGGGUAGUGGGGAUAGUCAAGACAAAGAGCAAGAGUUUGUCUCUCUCUUUCCAUUCGCCCCGCCAAAGAUGCAACGACAGGAAAAUAGUCUCAGGCACACAGAAGCACGUUUAUUUCGCAACAAAAAAAGUGAAGGUGUCCUUGACGAAACGAAAAGCGCCCCUUUUAUUUGGAAAGACGUUCAUAAUCCUUUUGUUAGCGACUUCAACUCCAUGAAAAAAACAGCAUUGGUAUACCAGAAUGGCAAAAAUAUAGAUAGUAAACGAAAUCCGAAUCGUUCUGACUAUUCGAAGGACAAUGGGUUUCCCUUUAGAUCAAAUAAUGACAAUGCAUCAGAACCUAACGAUAAGGUUAAACCUUUUGUUAGGUCUUCGCUCUGUGAGAAAAAUCCAAGUUCAUUACCUUUAAACGAUAAGAUUAACCGCUGUGAUACAUCUGACUCUGGAGGUCUAAGUGCCCGGAAUAAAAAUACCAUCUCUCAGCGCGAGUGGGGUCGAAGACGCUUUCUAUGUUCGUUCUCCGCUGUGGAGGUGGGCGGUGGCCUUUCGUCUUCUCAGCGUGAACGCUUUCAGAAAUGUAUGGAAUCAGGCCCACCGAGCCAUAACCAAGUGAAGAUGAAGAUUGUUGAGCUUUUGCAGUAUUGGAUGAGUUCUCCCAGUGUGUCUUUACAAAUUCGUUCAAUUGUACAAGAUACUCUUCUUCAAGCAGGAAUCCAUGCGACUCCAGUGAGAGAAGCAUGGUCUGAUGCAUCUAGACCAGGUUGUUGCAAAUUUCAAGACACUUCUAAUGGGGGAGUGCAUACGAGUAGUAGUAAUUCUGUGAAUAAUCUGAAUACUCACAUCGGCUCACAUGACGUCGCCUCAGAUACGCAUGUACUGCAACCUAGCCUUUUGGAAGCUCAGAAAGGCUCUAAUUUCAAUGCGGCAAUCGGUUCAGACCAUUCGUUUCAUCACUCGUCCACUCUACCUCCAUCAACAUCCGCCGGGACGGCUAUAGUGUCGCUACGUGGUAUAAGUAACAAGCUCGAAAAUACUAGUAUUCAAAAAAAUGAAUGUUCAAAUAAUUCAUCACCAACAAUUGUACAAAUGACACCAGAAAAAACGAAUCCUGCAUCGAGCUUACAUUGUUAUUUACCCUCAACACGUCGAUUUUCCUUUGAUCCAAAUGAGCCGAAGCAUAAUGAAUUGUCAGUACCGCAAAGCCAAGCGGUUGAGGUACCUGAUACGCCGGAAAAGCAGGCUGAUAAAAACAAAAUCGGAUUCAGAGCAAAGUACAAUGGUUGGAGUUCUUUUUCGAGGAAAGCGGACGAAAAUGUAGUCACUACUACUGGAGUUGAGAGUUCAAAUCCAGGACCACCCGGUGCAAGUUACAAGGAUAUUCCUCAAUUUUAUUUUCCGUUAGGAUGUCCAACUACUCAGGAGAGUGUUAUCUCUGGAGCUGUUAGUUCAAAAAUUCAGAAUCCACAUUUAAAAAUGUUAGAUUGUGUUCCUUUAGCAAGCGCGAUGUACGACACCACUGAGCCUGCCUGUGAUUCACUGGCAUCCUCUACGAAUGGAGAAAAAGUCCCUAUUCACCGUGAUUUCACAAUGCCCUCUAUGUCAACUCUUCGAUGCAUGGAGGAUAGACGCGUCAGUCAAUAUCUCCAUAAAGAAUUUUCCCGAGUCCCUCCCCCUCACAAGCUUAAAUGCAAAACUCAUUUGCCUGAAAAUCAGCUUGAUGGGUUUCGAAGAACUCCACAACUCACUAAACGAGAGUCAAACUACAAACAUUGCCUUAUUGAAUGCAUUGAGCGCAUUUGUGUUGAAUGUUUUGGGGUGCCACGCUACUUUGCCUUCAUCAUUUUAUACCUUAUUCAGAACAAUUUUGCUGUUAACUCUUCAGAUGCACCGAGCCCUUGCGCUGGGGGCAGGCCUGGACUGUCCUCUUCCACAAACGGACUAGUUUCAUCACCUCGUACCAAAAACAUUACUGCAUCGCAUUUGCUGGAAUUUUAUCAUGACCACCUAAAAGGAAAGGAUAGUAUCCGACGAACAUUUGACCUGCUUAUUCUUUCAAGUCUCAAGAACAGUGUCACCGCUGCUGAUAAUCGGAAAUCUCGACAUCAUGAACCUCUUGCGCAGCGCACUACCGCGCCACGAUCGUUUCUUCUACCAGAAGAUUUUGUAGGGUACAUAAAUGUACUACUACAACACCACCCAGGUCUUUCGUUUCUUAAGAAAACCCCUGAAUUUCGGCCCAAAUAUAUGAAUACUGUGAUUUACAGAAUAUUCUAUGAAAUAGACCGAUACGACAGGGGGAAUAUCAGUUAUGCAGAUUUCGCAUCGUCGCGUUUGAUGGAUGCCUUUCGACAGGUGGAUGCCACUCCAGACAUUAAUUCGGUCUUACUUUUUUUCUCUUAUGAGCACUUCUACGUCCUUUACUGCCGGUUUUGGGAGCUAGAUGAGGAUUGUGAUAUGAUAAUAUCACAAAGGGAUUUUUCGAGAUAUUACCCUGAUAACACUUUCAACCCGCUCAUUAUUCAACGUAUUUUUAGUGGUGUCGGUCGCCGUAUUCGAUGUGAAGUGGAGGGAUACAUUGGGUAUGAAGAUUUUGUGUGGUUUUGUCUCUCAGAGGAAGAUAAGUCUACCCCGCAAGCUAUACGAUAUUGGUUUCGAAUUCUAGACCUAGAUGGGGAUGGCAUUCUGUCUAUUUAUGAGAUGCAGACUUUUUAUAAUAUGCUGAUGGAGAAGAUAUCCUUUGUAGGUGAGAAUGCCGUUUGCUUUGAGGAUGUGAUUCGUCAAGUAUUCGAUAUGAUACGUUGCCCGGAGUAUCGUGGCUUAACCUUGGCAGACUUGUUGAACGAUCCUGAGGCGGCACACGUAUUGCUGAACAUGUUCACUGACUUUGUUAAACUAUUGCAAUAUGAACAGAGUGAUCCGCUUGUGGUACAUCAGGAACGCCUAGUCGGGGGACCUGAGCAGAGCCAUUGGGACCGCUUUGCUCGCGCAGAAUAUGAUCGUAUGGCGCAGGAAACUGACCUGUAA